GAAGCAACACGUAAUUACUCCCUGAUUAAAUUCUUAGCCAAGAGAUAUUUUAGAGGUGUAUUUCUUGAGAGCAUUCGUUAAUGAAAUACUGCUCUUGUUUUAUACAAAAGCAGGAAGGUACCUCCUUGAAAGUUUGCUAGCAUUGUUUAGAUUAUCAUCAAACGAGUUCCCAUAACGAUUUAAUAUCAAAAGGUUUGUUCCGUUGAGCAGUCAGGAAGUUUAAUUUACGUGAAACAGUUAAAAGGAAUUGAAUGGUUUACAAUGGUUCAAAGAGAGGUGAAAGGGCCUGUGGGUGAUGCAGUCGAUCACACUACCAAAAAACGCGACAAAACCUACGAAUACACGUACCGCCCGAGUCUUAAAGAAACAGUUGCGGAGAACAAUCGAGAAAUCCUGCAAAGAAAAUCAGCAAGUAAUCGAGAACGUUCGCGAAUGCGAGAUAUGAACGACGCCUUCGACAUGUUAAGGAACAAACUCAAUCACCGUUUACAACCACCCGGCAAAAGGAUCUCUAAAAUCCAAGCUUUACGUUGUGCUAUUGAAUACAUUGCCGAUUUAGAGGAGACACUAUCAUCUGCGUCACCUACACAAGGCAAUUGCAGUGCCUACUACCAUUGGGCUAGGACUAGGGGCUUUAUUUGGGCGCGAGAAAAGGCAAUGAUGAGGGAGGAUGUAGGUGUUGAUACAACGAUUGAUUCCGCCUCCGCAUGUGAAGGUACCCAUGACACUGAAUUUGAAACUCAGCAGUGUUUUUAUAAUAAUUAAUGCUGGUAUUCAUUUAUACAUUUGAUCGAGUGCACCCUAAAACUAAUGUAACAAUGUUUGACGAGAGCCUCUGCCAAUGAAAGGCGCUUAUUAUUUGUCCAUAAUACUGUACAGUUUCAACAGUUAAACUUAGCAUGGAUAAAUUGUGUCUUUGAACCGGAACACCUAAUAAUAAAUAGUAUUCGUAUUAGUAGUCAUCAGAUUUUGAUGACUAAAAAAGAACGUAUUGUCCAUAAUUUCCAAAUAUUUGAUCCUUUGAAUCCGGGGAAACUUUACUAAGAAUAGUUAUUCAAAAUCAGUAGUUCCCAGAAAUGAAUACCAAAAAGUAACCUGUUGUUUACAUGCGAAUAGGAAAGCGCGAUGGCCUCGGUGAUUAUAUUAUUCUUUAUUUUUUUUAGGAGUUUCCUUUCAAACUAACCAAAUCCCGAAUCGAAUGUUUCUGUAUUUUGUAUAAUUGUAUAUAUUUGAAAAAUAUAGGUGAUUUGCACUGAAAAUUGUUAAGAUAUCAUCUCGAAUACUGACUUGUUAUAAAUUCUAUCUCUAUCCAAAACGUGGUAGUGUAAUUAGGGACUCUUGUGGAUUUUGUUGUCGCUUCUCUUCUAAUGUUAAUUUGAUACCGUAUGUCUUAAUGUAUAAAUUUUACAUUUAAGUGUUUCCAUUCUAUUAUAGUUAAAUUGUUUUUACAAAUCUAAUAUACUUUGCUUUUUAGCAGAGAUAAACUCUGUCAAUAAUGACUUUCCGCUUGACAUUCUUAGUUUUUUCUGCCUUUAUUAAUAUAUAUAACUCAUUAUAAUAUUAAUAAUGCGCAUUGUAUGUAAAAUAUUAACCUAUUAUUCAGCUGCACCUGUUUUGAUAUGGUAUCUGGUGUACAUUUUUAUUGUCUACUGUUUCUGUGCUAUAUGUUUAUACAUUCUUUAUGAUUUUCAUGUUUUUAUAUUUAUAGUUUAUAUUUUAUUUGUUUAUUUUACGAGUAUCCAUUCUGAAAAUUGCAGGUUUUUGUAACUAUAGUGUGCCUUUUGAAAUAAAAUAAAAAUAUUAUUACACAUAUUGACCUAUUGACCGUUA